CGACCACCGACCCGCGAAAAGGGAAGGGACGAGCGGCGAAGGAGAGAUCUCAUAGAUCCAUCCAGAGAGAUUCAUGAAUUCGUCGGCUCUCUCUGCGCUUGGUCCAUCGAGGCGGCUCAUGGCAAGGGAAGCCGUGCGGCAGAUGUCGUCGGCCAGCAGCAGCGCCAGCAGCAUCAAUCGCAUCGCCGUCGUGGGCGCCGGACAGAUGGGCACCGGCAUCGCCAUCGUAGCCGCACAGUGAGUCAGACAGACAUGAUUGAUGCACGAUGCAGAGAGAGAUGGCAUCACAUGCAUCAUACGCUCUGCUGCUUACAUUCCUUACAAUGUGUGUGCGUUGCAAUGCACUGCCAUCCAUUCAGUGUUGGGCGAUGUGCAGUGUCACUCUUCGACUCGUGCGGAGGGCAGCUCGCGAAAAGCGAGAAGUUUGUCGGUAGGGAAUCAUGCACUCACUGGACACACGGAGCCGCACAGAACCAUCCUGUCUGUGUGUGUGUGACAGCGUCAUGGUUAGAGAAGGAGGUGGGCAAGGGCCGCAUGAGCGCUGAGGACAGCCAAGGGGUGGCGGCGCGGCUGUCAUAUGUUAACCUCAAGGAUGAUGCAGGCACAGCCACACACCUAUCGCACAAAGACAUGGCCUUCGCUAUCGAGGUCAGAGAGCGGCCGCUGCGUGCUGUGCUGUGCCAUGCCGGCCGAUGUGCGUGUGGAUGUCUGUGUGUUUGGUAUGUAUACCUGCCUGCAGGCUGUGGUUGAGGAUUUCGGUGUGAAGCGGGAGGUGUUGGGUGUGUUGGACCGUCAGAUGCCCCCCCAGGCCAUCCUCGCCACCAACACAUCCUCCAUAUCCAUCACCAAACUGGCAGCCACCACUAACAGAGCACAAAAGGUACGUCACGUGACGUGUGUAAGGUAGGUAGCUAAGUGGGGCAGGGCAGAGAGCGGCGCCUAAUUCUCGACAGCUCUGUCUGUGCACACGUGUGUGUAUUCUGUCUGGCCUGGCAGGUGAUUGGGAUGCAUUUCAUGAAUCCCGUGCCGAAGAUGCCCCUGGUGGAGGUCAUCAAAGGUCAGUCAGGAGGCCUGCAUUGUCGGUUGAAGCGAAACAAAUCAAUCAAUUCUCUCGCUGGCUGUCAGGUCUUGCGACCGAUGAGGAGACCCUUUCGACCACUAUGGCGUGAGUGAGCCAAACGAAUGCACCAACAAGGCCUGCAGGGAGGGGAGGGACGUAUGGAAAUAUGAUGGAUGCACUGCACUACACCUGGCCAUGCAUUUGUCUCGUCGUGUGACCCGUUGGUUAAUCGAUCAGUUUGGGUAAAGUUGGUUUUGGCAAGGAGACGGCGGUGAGUGAGGACCGCCCCGGAUUCGUCUCAAACCGUGUACUCAUGCCAUACAUCAACGAAGCUGUCUUCACCCUACAGGAGGUAGGGAGGCAGGGAGGGAGGGAGGUACACGCGCAGAUGGAUACUUGAUACGCAGCUAAUGGAUUUUGCGCGUCUGUGUGUGUGGUCUAUCCGUCCAUCCGUCCGUCCGCAGGGCAUAGCGUCAGUUGAGGACAUCGACAAGAUCCUCAAACUCGGCACCAAUGGUACACACACACACACUGGCCCAGCACACACAUAAACAAUUAAUUCCACAUGCAUGCAGUGCCGAUGGGCCCCCUCACCCUGGCCGACUUCAUCGGACUUGACACGUACGUGAGGAAUGCAUGAAUCCAUACAUCCAUUUAUUUGCGUCUCUGCUGGCCGGGCCCCACCACAUCAAUCAAUCCGUGUGUGUGUCACCGGUGUGUGUAUAAUUAAUAGGUGUUUGUACGUCAUGCGUGUGCUGCACACCGAGCUGGGCGACUCCAAAUAUAGACCCGCGCCUCUCCUGGUCAGUCAGGGGGGAGGCACCACGGCACGGCACGGCACACCCAGCCCAGUAUGUAUGUAUGCUGUGCUGUGCUGUGACGGGUUGGAUAUGAAUGUCUGUGUGUGUGUGUGCACAGGUUCAGUAUGUGGACGCUGGCUGGCUGGGCCGUAAGAGCGGCCGGGGAUUCUAUCGCUAUCAAUGAACGAAUGAA